AACGUCACUUCAUAUUUGUCAUCAUCGCGAAAAACGUCCAAUUUCCAGAAAUAAUUUUUGUAUUUGUUCGAUUUCUAUUUUCCGAGAGAUUAUUGCAAAAAAUUACGCUCAUCUAUGAGUAAUUGGUGCCUUUUCGUAAAAUGUUGACGAAGUUUACGAUAUAGUCAUAAAAAGCUGAAAUGGCUGCGAUGGACGAACAGGCGAGGAUGUCCAGCGACCCGACAGCGACGAACGAGGGCCGGGUCGAGGGCGGGGCGUCGCCGGAGAAGACGCGAAAUCUCGAGGAGGAAUUUAAUGCACAAAGGGCAAAAAUGAAAGAGCUUUAUUUACAAAAAGAAGAGGACCUGCGCCGCUUGGUGACAGAUAAGGAGCAGCUGGAGUCGGAGGUCCUGGGGCUGCGGGCGGAGCUGCAGCAGCUGCAGACCCUCAGCCAGAACCAGAAGUCUGAGAUACAGACCUUGCAGCUACUAGUCAAUGAAACGGUGGAGGCGUCCUCGUCGGACACGGAGGAGGUGCGGCGUCUGCGGAACAGGAACCUCGACCUGGAGCAGCAGCUCGCCCAGAUCAAGCAGCAGCUCCAGCAGCAACAGCAGGACCUGUCUUUGGUGCCGGCGACGUUCGUCCGCUCGAUCGCGCGGAAACUCGGCGCUGACACCGACGCCGAACAGACUGUAAAGAAGACGGACAGUGAGACGGAGCUGAUGAAGUCGAUGGUGUCGCAGCUGGAGGCGGAGGUGGCGGCGCUUAAGGACAAGCUGCGGGACACCGACGCGCGCCUGCAGGACGCCACGAAAGCGCAAGCAGCAAAUGUAAACACAACGGUCAACAGUACCACAGAGAAGAAAACUGACACAGAGGGGCGGGGCUGCGACAUGUGCGCCAACUACGAGCGGCAGCUGGUGGCGGAGCAGGCGCGCGGCGACGGCGCCCGCGAGCGCGCCGCGCACCUCGAGCGGGCGCUCAAACUGGCGAGCGAGGAGCUGGAAGGCGUGCGGUCGGCGCAGGACGAGACGGUGCGGGCGUGGGGGGCGGAGCGCGCGGCGGAGGCGGAGCGGCUCGCGGCGCUGGAGGCGGCGGUGGGCGAGGCGCGGGAGGCGGUCGCCCAGCGGGCCGCCGCCGCCGCCGCCGCGGAGACGCGUGCGCUCACCGCCGUCACCGCGCUCACUGUCGACCGCGAGACGCUGCAGCGACGACUUGACAGUUUAGAAAGAGACAACGAGAUGCUGAUCGGGCAGUACCUCAAGAAGGCGGAGGAGAUGCAGAACGAAGCUAUCGACCUGCCCAACGACGUUACGGAGCUACAAGAGCAGUGCCUACGGUUGCGGGAGCAGCUGAUAAUGAGCGCGCUAGGGCGGGAGCGCGCGGCGGACCACGAGCGGGCGGCGCGGGCGCAGCUGCACGCGCAGGCGGAGGCCCAGCUGCGCCUCGAGGACGAACACGCGCGCACCGCCGCGCAGCUGCGCGCUGCCAGAGAGGAGCUGGAGCGGCUGCAGACGGAGCGCGGGCAGAUGGCGGAGCUGGCGGACAAGUUGCGCAGCUCCACAGAGAUGAUCGAGGGCCUGCUCGCUGAUAAGAAGCGACUCCAGAACGAGGUGAUGGAGCUGCGCGGGCGCGUGGUGACGCUGCAGCAGGAGCUGGACAACAGCGAGGCGGUGCAGCAGGACUUCGUGCGCCUCUCGCAGUCGCUGCAGGUGGAGUUGGAGCGAGUGCGCGCCCCGGACCGCGACGUGCGCUGGCAGCACGAGGACGACGUCAACGAGUGCACCUCCUGCCACACCCCCCUCACGCACAUCAAGAAAAAGGUGCACUGUCGACACUGCGGGCGCAUCUUCUGCGGCGCGUGCGUGUCGUGCGAGGUCGCGAGCGGCCCCCGCGGCGUGCCCGCGCGCGUCUGCUCCGUCUGCUACACGCUGCUGCGCCCCCACUCCGCCCCCUACUUCAGCACGGCCCCGCCCCACGCACCCGACUAGCCCGGCCCCGCCCCACCCUCGUGACCUCAUAACACACUAGGAUCUUAACGCUUGAUACAAUACUGAUACAAUUUCCCAGUCGGGUAAUAACUUCGGUCUGAACGUGUCAAGUGGAGGGAUCGCGUUUGACAAGAAUAUAUUAAGAUAACGUAAUUUAAGUAUAAGACGUGGCCAAUUGCGUAUAUUUAUAGUGCAAAAGAUUUAACAUUACAAGCGAGAGUUGAUAUCUGUCGGAUCAAUUAAAAAAAUAGUUUUGGAAUUCGUUUUAAUCCAAAUACAUAAAAAUUCGCUUAGACUGCGGAACAAAUUAUGUAUGGCUUGUUUUAUUUAUUUUUGGGUGCUAGAACGUGUGAGGUAAGUCAUAGUCAUGGUUUUAUGUGCUUUUCUAUGUCAAUGCCCUACAGAUAGGUAAAUUUUUCUUCGGUUGUAAAAUUGUUACUACACAAAAAUGCAGAGGUGCUUAUAAAAUAUUAUGUAUAUAAUGAUAUAAUUAUGCAUACUGCGUAAGUAUGUGUACUAAAAAUAUAAAAUAAAUAACACAAUGCUAUAAAUUCUCUCUAAAAUCAAUAUCUGAUGAAGAGAAAAUAAAAUGCAAUUAUGCGUUGUUCGCGUUUUCAUCAUAUACGGGCCAAUUGUUUUCAUGUAAACUGGAGUAAAUAUUUUUAUUUAGGACCUCAACUGCCGCAACCAGGGACUAUAUUAAUUACUUUAAGAUUUUG